GGUUCGAAGGGACUUGCAAGGAGGCAGCCAGCGAACACGAGCGCAUCAGGUGUCUACAGAAGAAGUCUCUCCAGUGGGAGCCGCACCAUAAAGUAUCAAUACUGAAAACCAGAUUUACCAUUUACAUAUUAUAUGUGACUACAUAUUUAUGUAGCCUAAAGCGUACGUAGCUUUAGACAUUUCUUUGGAGUAAAUCUUUAAAAUGUUCACAUUGCCAAAGGUUUUAAACAGGAAAUCGGCAAAAAAUCCUAUAAAUUACUAAGUCAAUUUUUCUUAUCGAAGAACGUGUGCUCCUACUUUUAAUGGAGGCGUGAGAAGUCAUGUAUCAAUCGAAAAGACACCCUCGCCUUAUUGUGCGUAUAUUAGAUGUGCAGUAGAUACGCACAAGUUAGCUUGACCUUUGCAGAAAUUAGAACGUAAUAUCUUUUUUUUCAAGAGUGUGGUAUUCCUGUGAUCUAAAGUGAUGGACUCGUCAGCUUUAAGUAACCUAAGUGAAGGACUGGGGAAUUUCAAUAUAACGGAUACGGCGACAGCGCCAAAGAAACUUUUAUUUGGGAUUGGCAUCGACAACUUUAUAACGCUUGUAAUCUUUGGACUCAUAUUCACUCUCGGUGUGCUGGGAAACUCCAUGGUGAUAACGGUCCUCGCCCGGAGUAAACCUGGAAAACCUCGGAGCACCACCAACAUAUUCAUCCUCAACCUCAGCAUAGCUGAUCUGUCGUACCUUCUGUUCUGCAUUCCGUUUCAAUCGACUGUGUAUAUACUCCCGACUUGGGUGCUGGGAGCGUUCAUCUGCAAAUUCAUUCACUACUUUUUCACGGUGUCUAUGUUGGUCAGUAUAUUCACCUUGUCCGCGAUGUCGGUGGACCGCUACAUCGCCAUCGUGCACUCCAGAAAAUCGUCGUCGAUUCGGGUGGCUAAACAUGCUUUGAUUGGAGUGGUCGUGAUUUGGAUUCUGUCGUUUGCCAUGGCAGCGCCGGUUGCCUAUUACAAGGGCAUAGUGAGGGGAGAUAACGGUACCUAUUGCUGGGAAGAGUGGCCGGAUCUGAAUCAAAAGAAGGUCUACGUUGUAUGCACUUUUGUUUUUGGUUACGUGCUGCCGCUUCUUUUAAUUUCGUUUUGUUACGCAAAGGUUUUAAACCAUUUGCACAAAAAGCUGAGGAACUUGUCCAAGAAAUCGGAAGCGUCAAAGAAGAAGACUGCCCAGACAGUUCUGGUGGUUGUGGUGGUGUUCUGCUUGUCCUGGCUGCCCCACCAUGUGGUUCACCUCUGGGCGGAGUUUGGUACCUUCCCCCUCAACCAGGCUUCCUUUGUGUUCCGGGUGGUGGCCCACUGCCUGGCCUACAGCAACUCCUCCGUCAACCCCAUCAUUUAUGCCUUCCUGUCGGAGAACUUUCGGAAGGCCUACAAGCAAGUGUUUAAGUGUCAGCUCAGCAACGAGUCCCCCCUCAAUGACAUCAAAGAGAUAAGGAGCAAAAUGGACACACCGCCAUCCACCAACUGCACAAAUGUCUGACUGAGUCUCUGGGAGGUUGUUACCCCCGGCGAGAAGCUCUGGGCAAAGACAUGGCCAUUUCAGAGAGGGGUGAGAAGCAAGAUGGAACAGCCGCAGAUUGUGUAAACGACUGAGGUUGACAAUUUAUUUUUUCUACUGUGACAUGAAGUGAUACAGAUAAAUUUUAACAUACUGUAGAUGUAUCAUAAUAACUCAACCAGUGGUUUUAAAUCAUUGGCAGGUCCCAUCGGGACGGACAUACAUGUCAGUAUUACUGACACCUGUAUGUUAUAUAAUAUCCAUGCCAUGGUCAAUGGAAACGGAAUGGGAAGUGUUUCUAGAAACCUUUAGGAUACCAGAAAUGUAUUUGUUGAUUCUUGAUGACAUAUUCAAUGCUUAUGACAUUUCAAAAACUGUGAACGAGAUCCCUUUUUCAUGCUGAUUUUUGUGUACGUAAUAGCUUCAUUGUUCCUACUUUGGUCUUUAACACUUUUUUAACAAGAUGAAAGGAACACCACACUCUUGGAAAAAAAAAGAACAGUAUGGCUGCAGUCUAAAAAAUAAACAUCUGCAGCCACUGAAUGAUCCACUCAGUCAUAAACGUGUACACUGUAACAAGCACUCAAGAUUUUCAGUUUUUUCAGAAGGGUGGACAAAUCAUAAAUACAUGUAGUAGUCCUCUGAACUACAAUGCAAGUAAAUCUGGUAGCCCAGUUCAAUUUUUUGGCAGCCCACAUAUAUAUUGAUAUAUACAGGUAUGUGUCACUUACCUUGCAUUUGCUAAGAUAGUCAAAUUGGGCUAUUCAAAGCGUAAGAUUUGAAAAAUCUUAAUAGCGUGAGGUAUUCUUUAAUGUGGUUUCAUUCAAGCAAAUUAUUAUAAUUUUGUAGCUCCUGGGAAAGGGCAGACAUUCAAGCUCCACUCUGCUGUCAAAAUGCUGAUCAGUUGUGAACUGCCUACCCUUAGAUUAAUCAAGGGAAACCCUUUAGAUUAGAUUAAAACCCAAUUAGAUUUUGUCUUUUUUGCCAAUCCAUAUUCAACAGUGGCCUAGGGAGUUUACUGCUGGGCCCUCGGGCUUUGAAACAUCACAGUUUGUUAGUCCUGAACAAAAUAUAUUAGAUUUGUAAUUUGCAUGUGGUUAAAGUGCACAUUCUCAGCUUUUAUUUAAGGGAAUUUAUCAUACAUUUUGGUUUCAACAUGUAGACAUUACAACUCUUUUUAUAAAUAGUCCCCCCA